AUGUUGAUAGAAAGAAGAACUGGAUUCACUAAUACCAUACGAGUAUGCUUCUGGAUUAUCACAGCUCUCACUUUUCUCUGCGGAGUUUUGGUGGUGACCGCAUUUAUUGUGUUUGAUGUUGGAUUGUGUUGCAAGCUGAAAGGGCAUGGAAAUCUUUCGUUUGGCUUCUCGAUUGAUUUCUUGUGGCUCGUGGUGGCGCUCUACGCUUUGUCAUUCUUUAUUUGGCUGUUAUUUGUUUGGAAAUAUUUCUAUCAUUACAUUCCUACUCGUUUCCGACAACAGCAAGGUUAUUGA